UUGGAGGUCUGAUGCAGAAGUUUGAAAUUGCCAUUCUCUCCGGGGAGCUGCCCUCUGUUCACGACGUGUGUGUGAGGUCGCCCCUGUGUGGCGAUGAAGACCAAGAGGGAAGUGGGGCCUCUCCAGCCGGCUGCCCAGGAGACAUUUGACCCAGACCAGAGGAGCCCAGAGCGUCCGCUGGCAUCCGUCUGCCCAGAGCUGCAUUUCAGGCUGGCAGAAGAGACAACAGUGUAUUUUCUCCUUUGUAUUGAUUUUAUCAUGUGGGCAACCUGCUGCAACUGGUUCUGCCUGGAUGGACAGCCUGAGGAGGUCCCACCACCUCAGGGAGCCAGGUCACAAGCCUAUUCCAACCCUGGGUACAGCUCCUUCCCUUCUCCAACAGGCUCAGAACCAAGCUGCAAGGCCUGUGGGGCCCACUUCGCAAACACGGCCAGGAAGCAGCAGACCUGCUUGGACUGUAAGAAAAAUUUCUGCAUGACCUGUUCGAGCCAAGUGGGGAAUGGGCCCCGCCUCUGCCUUCUCUGCCAACGUUUCCGAGCCACAGCCUUUCAGCGGGAAGAGCUCAUGAAGAUGAAGGUGAAGGACCUGAGGGACUAUCUCAGCCUCCAUGACAUCUCUACCGAAAUGUGCCGGGAGAAAGAAGAACUGGUGUUCUUGGUGCUUGGCCAGCAGCCUGUAAUCCCCCAGGAGGGCAGGACUCGUGCCCCCACCUUGUCCCCUGACUUCCCUGAGCAGCAGGCCUUCCUGACCCAGCCUCACGCCAGCACAGUACCUCCUACCUCACCCAAUCUCCCUUCUUCACCUGCACAGGCCACCUCUGUUUCCCCAGCCCAGGCUCAGGAAAACCAGCAGGCCAAUGGCUAUGUGUCUCAGGACCAAGAGGACCCCACUUACCUGGAGAGCACAGCCAGAGCACCUGUUGAGGAUGAGACGCAGUCCAUUGACUCAGAGGACAGCUUCGUCCCAGGGCGGAGGGCAUCUCUGUCCGACCUGACUGACCUGGGGGACAUUGAAGGUCUGACGGUGCGGCAGCUGAAAGAGAUCCUGGCUCGCAACUUCGUCAACUACAAGGGCUGCUGUGAGAAGUGGGAGCUGAUGGAGAGGGUGACGCGGCUGUACAAAGAUCAGAAAGGACUCCAGCACCUGGUGGGUGCUGCAGAAAACCAAAACGGGGGAGCCGUGCCAUCCGGCCUGGAGGAGAACCUGUGUAAGAUCUGCAUGGACUCACCUAUUGACUGUGUUCUGCUGGAGUGCGGCCACAUGGUAACCUGUACCAAGUGUGGCAAGCGUAUGAACGAGUGCCCCAUCUGCCGGCAGUAUGUGAUCCGGGCUGUGCACGUCUUCCGGUCCUGAGGGCUUGCUCCAGCUUCUUCAGUGCCUUACAGGGACAUAGCCCAGGCUGCCUGGGCUCAGGGUUGUCCAGCUUGCACAGGGGCAGGCUAAGAGAAGAAAUUCUGCAGUGUUCCCAAGACCAGGGCAAGCAAAGAUGCCAUGUCGCCCCUUAGCAUACUUGUCUUGCCACAGGGGUGCACGUCUUGGCUGGCAGAACCUGAGGCCAGUGGGAAUUGGUACAGAUCACAUGGGUGAGUCCGUUUCAGUGAUCUCGGGGUGAUGAUGGUAAUUGAACAGAGGACCUACUAGAACUUGGACCAUGUCUAUUUCCCUCCCUCCAGAAACCUAGAGUUUCACCCCUGUUCCUGUACCUCACCCAUCCCCUGGAGAUGCUUGCCUCGCUUCAUCAAUCAGAAGUCCUGCUAGAAAUGGUUCUCUUCCUCCUCAGCACAUCUGGACUUAAAUUUCUGGUCUCUGGCUUUCUGUGCUUUAAUCUGCCUUUGCUAAAGUCUCUUGCUACAUUGCCUACAUUGUUUCUUCAGACCAAAAAUAUGUUAAGUUUAUGAGACCAAUAGUGGUCCUCAAGAUAGAAUUCGGGCCAGUAAACUUAAUCUCUGGUGAGAAAUGAAACACAAUGCUAUUGAGAAGUUUCCAAGUUAUUAAGAGUUGCCUCCUUAAGUGCUGGGAUUGGAAGCUAUGUCUCCUGACCUGAUCCUGGGAGCCACCAAAGCAUUGGGAUCCCAGCCUGCUGGGACAUUUCUGUAUGGGAAGGGGUUUGCGCAGGAUAAUCUCUGCUGCAUCCUCGCUUGAGGACAAACUCUGCAUCAAGAUUCUUAAUUUUAGUUUACCAGGAAAGGAGACAAACUGAGUGGAGGUAGUGGCUUUGUGCCUCACUUUGGCCUUUGAGAGAUCCUUUUUCCUAUACGUGGGAGUCUUAAACUACUUUCCCCAGAAAAUGAAGUCCCUCCAUUUCUCAUUAAAGGUUUUUAAUUUGGUGUCACCAAGUCAGAGGCUUAGGUAGAGCCUUGCUCUUCUCUGGCCAGACCUCUCAUGAUGUUCUUGGAGACCAAACAUAUAAGCAGGGCAGCUAAGAGGUAUCAAGAGGUACUGAGUGGGGCUUCAGACAGCUGCAAGUCUGAAUUCUCUGGGUUGGUGGGGAGUCCCUGCUGCUUUCUUAGCUUACUGUUUUCAGAGCAGUCAGGAAGACACAUUCUCUAGACCCUAUAGGAAGGACCAUGUAAUGAGAAUAUGAUGUAUUUGAACCCUCAGAAUCUUUACAUCAUUGGGGGAGACAAAAGGCUUAAGGAAAGUUUGCUGGAGCAGCUUAGCCGAGCACAACACACACACUCAGAAGUGCUAUGUGCACGCCCAUCACCAGUGGAUGAGCUAUGCAAUCCCUAAACACCUGAGGGUCUUGGCAGACCCUCCUCACCACCCACCCACAUGCACCAUGCAGCAGAAAUCUCAGACCAGAAUCAAUGAUGACUGGAAGGCAGUGGGAAAGCUCUAAGGGGACCUGUUACACUGGCACAGACGUACUCAUGCUUUGCCUCCAUCAACCACUAAACCUCUUUGGGGGAAUAAAAUCAUUUCAUAAAAUACUUAUCAGCUAAACAUGGCCUCUUACCUCGACAUUAUACCAAGUGCUGAAUGUUGAAUUCUAAGGCUACAACCUUUGUAGGAGUCAGGGGAAUCAGAGAUUUCCCCAUAAAGACAUCACCUUACUAUAGACAGUAAACACUGCAGUUUAUAGUGCCUACCAGUUUAGCAAAGGAUUAUUCACUCAGCUGCUCCUUGACUCCACUGUGAAGUAGGUCUGUGUAUGUGCAACUCAGUUAUGAUCUAGCAAUAACUUCAGGGUAGAAGCUGGCUCUCUCCCUACUGACCAACUUGCUUUCUCUGCUGAGGCCUUAACUUCCCUUCCCCCCAAUUUCCCUCAUAGACACGAGUUGAAAAUACUACUACUACUGAUGGCUGGUUAGUAACCUCAGUAAGAAUUAGAUCUGAUGUCACUUACCAUUUUGGAGAAAGAAUUUGCCUUUAAACCUUUUAUCUUCUUUUGGUAAAUGUUUCCAUUUAGAAAAAAAAUGUGUUAGACAACCCUGGUUUUUCGGUAUCAUCUUUAUUACACCAAAUAAAAGCUGGGAGUUUCAAUAUCUCACCCCAGUUCAUAUCUAAGCCAAGUAGAAUACUUGCUUUUGUUUUUUUAAAUCCUUGAAUCCUCCCCUCCUACUCCUCAUGGAUCCUUGGUUUUAAUUAUCAUGGAAACAUCUAAUAAUUCUUCCAAUUAUUC